AUGAACUCACUCACAAACCCUUCCUCUUCAUUCGAAUUCAACUAUCUCCCCUUCAACGAGAACGAUCCCGAAGAGAUGCUUCUCUACGGCAUGAUCAACGACGCAAACACCACCCUCACCAGCACCAGAGUCACCAGAGUCAAGGAAGAAGAGGCAAGUUCCGAAGAGAACGAACCGCGGAAGGAGAAAUCCUACCGCGGUGUUCGAAGAAGACCAUGGGGGAAAUUCGCAGCCGAAAUAAGGGAUUCAACGAGAAAUGGAAUGAGGGUUUGGUUAGGAACAUUUGACAGUGCUGAAGCAGCUGCUUUAGCUUAUGAUCAAGCUGCUUUUGCCAUGAGAGGCUCUUCUGCUAUACUCAAUUUUCCUGUGGAGAUUGUGAGAGAAUCGCUUAACGAUAUGAAUUGCGAUGAAUGUUCUGAAGAUGGUUGUUCACCUGUUGUUGCUCUUAAGAGGAAACAUUCUUUGAGAAGGAAAAUUGGGUUCGCCAAGAACAAAAAACAAGAUUUUAGAAACAAGAACAAUAGUAAUAACAAUAAUAAUAGUGUUGAUAAUGCUGUCGUGUUCGAAGAUCUUGGUUCUGAUUAUUUGGAACAAUUGUUGAUGUCUUCUGAAGAAUUUCCUUAUCCACAAUGA